GCGACUCCCGCCGUACAACCGGGGCACCGAACACCGACGACAAGUCUCGGCUCAGCCUCACCAACGUCAUCCUUUACUUUUCGAGAUUCCUAAACGACGCGCUCCGUUGAAGCUUUCGUUGCUCGCACAACCGUUCCUAUUUUGUGAAUGAAUACUCAGAAGGACGGCGGCGAAAACAAAUCUAGAGCUCUCUGGCUAGGAAUCUGCCCAGAGUUCCGCGCGCACUAGGAUCCACCGCUCGUUUUGCGAUCCGUGGUAUCCGGCAUAUACAUCAUCAACGGAUCACGAAAGCCCAGGCUCUAGGAGUUGUCGCUCCCGCACCACCCACUUACUCGCAAGAUGGAAUCCUUAUUCAGCGCCUCCAUCGAGCCAAAGACGGCGGCGAUCGUGGCCACAACCGUCGUCGCGACGCUCUCCUUCCUGUCCCUUGCGCGACUCGGUCUCUACCCAAACUGGGGCACCGCAAUCCCUAACCCCCUCAAGACCAAGAUCCUCACACUCACAAGCGAUGAGGUCAAGAAGCUUCCUUACCAUCCAGACUACUUUCCUGGCGCCCGGGACGUGGACACGCCUUACGGCACGAUCCGCGUCUACGAAUGGGGCUCAACCACCGGGCCCAAGGUAGUUCUCAUCCACGGCAUCAGCACCUCCUGCAUGACCCUCGGCCCCAUCGCCCACGCCCUCGCCGCCCGCGGCUGCCGCGUUAUGCUCUUCGACCUCUUUGGCCGCGGCUUCUCCGACGGCGUCGGCGACCUCCCGCACGACACCCGCCUGUACACCACCCAGGUCCUGCUCGCCCUCGCCUCCUCCCCGCUCGCCUGGUCCGGCACCGACGCCGUCCGCGUCGUGGGCUACUCCCUCGGCGGCGCCGUCGCAGCUUCUUUUGCAGCGGCGUUCCCGCACGUGGUGGAGAGCCUCGUUCUGCUCGCGCCCGCGGGCCUCAUCCGCGCCGAGAACUUUGGCGUGUUGGCGCAGAUUACGUUCCAGUCUGGUCUUGUGCCUGAGAGAAUCCUCGCUGCUGUCACGAGGAAGAGGUUGCAGAAGCCGUUGGCGAGUAAGCGGUCUAAUGCUGUCGAGGAGGACGAGGAUCCGGUCGAGAAGGUUGUUGACGUUGCGGCCGCCGAGGUGUCUGGGCCGCACGGCAGCGGAGAGGAUCAGAAGGUCGAGCGGAAAGUGCGCGAAUACGUUCCCUGGAUGGUUGCGCACCACGAGGGGUUCGUAAAGGCCUUUAUGUCGUGUGUGCGGUGGGCUCCGCUUACGGGGCAGCACGAGACGUGGCGGGUCCUGGGUCAGAGGAAGAAGGGGACCACGGCGGUCUUUAUCGGGAAGACGGACGAGGUUAUUGAUGUUGGUCACUAUGCCAAGGAUGGAUUGCCGUUGUUGGGUGGCGAGGAGAAUGUGAUGUGGAAGGUCCUUCCUGGGGGUCACGACUUUGUGAUGACCAAGACGGAGUACAUUAUGCGCGAGUUGGACGCUUUCUGGGGUAUGAAGGUGCAGUUAUGAAGUAAUGACGAGGAGAUCCACGAGCGGCUAGAAGAGCCCUAGACGAAGAUGGGUGUAGACAGGUCAUGACAUGCAUUAUUGAUAAGACUCCUAGAAACGAUACCAUUUUCUUGCUCCUACUCCUGGAUAAUACUAUUGAUUGGCAGGAUCCAUUCUCAACCUUUGACUACCAAGAGAUGUUGAAAUGGUGGAAUCCUGUGUGUAACCAUAAGCAGCAUCAGGAUAGCGUAUUGCUUGCCUGCAGGUGCCUCCAUCUGUUCGCUGACUGGUAGCAUGCUUGGAGCCUAUGAGAUUUUUCUUUCAAGCUUACUGGUAUUUCUCCACAGCAC